AUGGAGACCGAGCUUGCCGACAAGACACCGUUGGGUGCCAAAACAAGUGACGCAACAGUAGACAAACAUCCAGACAGACCAAAUCAGGCGAUGUUUAAACCUUCUUUUCUACGAAUCCGAAUCGUCCAUUUGGAUGAUAUUUUCGAGGAGAACAAGGAUCAAGAUAAAUGGGGCUAUUUUGAAUGCUGCUACCUGCUGUUGGUAACAAUAUCUACUGUGGGCUACGGCGACUUGGCACCGAAGACAAACUUGGGCCGUUUCUUCAUUUGUAUUUUUAUUCCUGCAGCAAUGGCCAUCUCGGCCAGCUUUCUUCCGGAGCUGUUCAACAACUUCGCCACCAACAAACAUGACGUUUCCGACAAAUACCAAGCCCUAAGUGGCCAAAAGUGA